AUGCACUCAGACUCACAAGUACAGCCACAUGGCUGGGCCUCCCUGGAGGAGAGGUACGAGGUGAUGAAGGAGAUUGGUGACGGCAGCUUCGGAAGCGUAGCACUUGCACGCGUUCGAACGGCUGGCUCGCACGUGGCUCGUCGCGGUACUUUGGUCGCGAUCAAGACGAUGAAGAAGACUUUUGACUCGUUCUCAAGUUGUCUGGAACUCAGAGAAGUCAUUUUCCUACGCUCACUACCAGCACACCCUCACCUGGUACCGGCGCUCGACAUCUUCCUGGACCCGUACAGCCGGAGGCUCCACAUUGCCAUGGAGUACAUGGACGGAAACUUGUACCAGCUCAUGAAGGCGCGUGACCACAAGCCUUUGGACGCCUCGAGCGUCAAGAGCAUUCUCUUCCAGAUCCUCUCCGGACUCGAACACAUUCAUGACCGCGAGUUCUUCCACCGCGACAUCAAGCCAGAGAACAUUCUUGUUUCUACUUCAGCCCACAAUGACACCUCCCAUCCUUUCCGCAGAUACUCGGCCAUGAUGACUCCUCCAUCCACCCCACCCGUGUACACGAUCAAGAUUGCCGACUUUGGAUUGGCACGGGAAACCCACUCGAAGCUUCCAUACACGACCUACGUGUCCACGCGGUGGUAUCGCGCUCCCGAAGUGCUCCUCCGUGCCGGUCAUUAUUCUGCCCCGGUCGACAUCUGGGCGGUGGGUGCCAUGGCCGUCGAGAUUGCGACUCUGAAGCCACUUUUCCCAGGUGGCAACGAGGUGGAUCAGGUGUGGAGAGUGUGUGAGAUUAUGGGUAGCCCUGGAGGCUGGGUGAACAAGCACGGACAACGCGUUGGUGGCGGUGAGUGGAAGGAAGGCGUGAGGUUGGCGCAGAAGCUGGGCUUCUCUUUCCCCAAGAUGGCGCCGCACUCGAUAGACACCAUUCUGCCUUCCCCUCAAUGGCCGGCCAGCUUGUCCCAGUUCGUUACGUGGUGUCUCUUGUGGGAUCCACGAGCGAGACCAACAUCAGCUCAGGCGCUUGCGCACGAAUUCUUCACAGAUGCAUUUGACCCACUACGCUUGAAAUCAUCGCACUCGAGAAUGCUAGGCCACAAGCCUUCUGGCCUCUCGGUCAAGGAUUCGCCAGAUGCGUCACCCAGCCUGAGUUCCAAGACUUCUUCGUGGCUACGCCGAUCGCUCGUUGCCCGAGAGAGCGCCCCUGCGGUUCCCCAGCACACAUCAACGCAGCCACUGUCACCUGCCCCAUCGCCAGCGCAUGCCAAUAAUGCGGAUGUUAGUGGGUCGGGUAAGCAGCGACCUGCUGCUGCUAAGCGAGCUACGUGGACGAACGGGGUGCCUUCCAACGGCGCACCCAUCCCCAUUUUGCCAUCUAUUCGACCGAUAUCCCCUCUGUCUGCUGAGGUGACUGCACAAGCAAGUGUGCGUCAAACAGACAGCGAAGAAAAGGCAGCCAAGAAGAUUGGUCGUCAAUUGUCUGUCGCGUCGCACGGAAAUCACUAUGCUGAGGCACACCGACAAGAGGCAGAACGGGCAUUGAACGGUCAAUCUGGGCUCACGUCUCCACCCAAUGGUCAAAAGGAGGGCUUCUUCUCGCAUCUGCGUAAGCGUGCUCGACGCCUAUCAGGACGCUACCAAACUCCUAUGUCACCGAAUUCGGAUGACAUUGAAGCCAAUGCUGGUUGUGCUCCGUGGGCAGCAACCAGUGCUCGACAGUCAUUGGUCAUGGACCAAUCUGGCGCUACAUCGACUACUUCGGACUUUUCAGAGUUGGACAAGGCCCUGCAGCACGUUAGGGACAGCGUCGAAGCCAACUCGGCCAAGAACGCUCGUGCUGCGACAAAUCCCAUGCUGAAGCGUCACCAUUCGGUGCCCCACGGCCCUGAGCCUCGCAAUGCGGAGAAUGGUGCCGUUGGGCCCAUCUCCAGUCGAACACGACGUGCGGUUCAGAACAAGUCGAACCCAUCCAACCGAUAUGAGACUCCCAAUGAAGAGGAGGAGCUCCUCAGCGAGGUUCUUGCAUCUGCACAAAAGGCUGCCAACAAGCUCGACUCGCAGAAGCCAGUUCAGCGAUCCCAAACGGAUCUGGGCCCCGCCGCAUCCUACCUCACACCUUCUCCUUCAGCCAAUCGCGAUAGUCUCGACUACAUGACGCCCAGCAAGCCCAUGCACAUUGCCAAACCACACAACAAGGCCGAAGAAAGCGUUUCCAAGUGGCCCACCCCGCCCUACAGCGAUUCCGACUGGGCUACGAGCGUUGCCGCAAGCCUCAUGGCCGCUCAAAAGCAGGUCGGGUGA